AUGAGGGGUAACAAUUUAGCGGUUGAAUUGUUGGAAAACAUCCUUGUAAGGCUUCCAGUGAAAUCUAUAAUACGUUUCAAGUGCGUAGAAAAGUCAUGGUUCAGUCUUUUCCAAAACCCUAGUUUCAUUGCCAAACACCAUCGCCACCGUUGUUCUAUAACAAAUCCAAGUUUUCUCAUUAUGAGUCAAGACUACUCCGGCGGUGAUAUCAUUAUCAUGUCCUUACUGCACCCUCCUCAUAAUGAUGUUGAUGAUACGCAAGUACAGAUCGUGGACAUGAACAUUCGAUUUGAUACGAAUCUCAUCAGCAUGAGAUUCCUUCGACCCAAUAUUUGUACUUGCAUUAACGGCAUUAUUUGCGUUGGUGGUUCCUUCAGUGGCGACUUUGAUGGCUUUUUCUUAUGGAAUCCAGCUAUUCGUCAAUAUAAGGUCGUUCCUUAUCCCACACUUCCUUAUCCUCCUGCCCUUCAUGUCUUCAACACUGAUAUCAACUUUGCAUUUGGUUAUGAUCACAAUUCUAAUGAUUACAAGGUAGUUAGAAUUGUCAAUUAUGGGAGAGACUACAACAUUUUUGUUCAUGUUUACACAUUGAGCACUGAUUCAUGGAGGCAAAAAAUCAACAUAGCUAUUGAUCUUUCAAAUAUUACUUUUUUAAGUACUUUUGAUGAAAAAUACUUGAAUGGGGUUUAUUAUUGGUUCUGUAUCCUCAAGAACACAGACAAACACGGUCGGGUUUUUAAUUGUGAAGUAAUUUUAUCUUUUGAUAUGACCAACGAGGUCUUUCGAAUGCUAAGUUUGCCAGAGUUUCGCAAUGUUCCUCAUCAUAUUAAGAGUUUUGCUCUCUUCAAUGAGUGCCUUGCUUUCAUCCUUUUUAAUAAAAGAAGGACGACGAUGGAGGCCAACCUUGAAAUAUGGGUGAUGUGUGAAUCUGGGGUUCAGGAAUCUUGGACCAAACAACUUGUUGUAGGACCCCUAUUAGGAGUUAGAAAUCCACUUGGAUUUGCCAAGAAUGGAGAGCUUCUUCUUCUGGUUUGUGACGAUGAACAGACAAUAGCUGUGUACAACAUUGGUUCUCAAGAAAUAAAAAUUCUCCAAUUUAGAGAUUUUCCAAACUCGUUCAAAACAUCAGAAGCUAUAAGUUAUGUGGAGAGUCUAGUUUCAUUCAAGGGUGACAAUGUGGUUCAAUAUUAG